AUCAGCAGGUCCCUUUCCACCUUGUACCCUUCUUGUCCCCAUGGAAGUGAGGAUAUCCUCCCCUCAGGUGUCCUCCAGGAACACCUGGGCUGCAUCACUCAGGUGUACACCUCCAUCACUUAGGAACCAGAGCAUAGGAAUACAACAGGCCACUCCAGAGAUCUCCAUUGCUUACCAAGUCCUAAAGGUGUACCCCCGAGGCCGCCAAGUACGCAUCACAUGCAACGCAUCCCAGGCACCGCCGCCUGUCACCUAUUCUCUCUUGGCCAGUCGGGACAUGCAGGUGGACAAGAAGGUGAUGGACACCCACAAGCCAGCCUCCUUCAACAUCAACAUCACGCUAAAGUCCAGCCCAGACCUGCUCACCUACUUCUGUCAGGCGGCCUCCUCCUUGGGUGUCCACGGGCCCAGCGCCAGGCUGCAGAUGUAUUGGGAGCUGUGGGCCAAGCCAGUGUCCCAGGUGCAGGUUGAUUUCACCCUGCAGGACAGAGAGUCAGGCCCCAGGGCGGAGAUGUCCUGCCAGGCAUCCUCGGGCAGCCCACCCAUCAGCUAUCUCCUGGUGGGAAAGAACGGGCGCGUCUACAUGCAGCAGAGGCCGCACCAUGGGCAGCCUGCCAACUUCCAGCUGUCCGGGAUGUGGGGCUGGUUCCAGUGCCAGGCUGAGAACAGUGUCAGUGUCCAGAGCAGUGCCUUCAAGUUGGUGCCCCCGGCUGCCCCUGGUACCCACCAGCGUGCUGGCCGGCAGCCUCUUCACCAUUGCAGCCAUCACCUGCUGGAUGGUCCGGACCAGGGCACUGAUGCUCUAGGCACAAUAAAACUCGCAGAGGUCCCGGCAGGGGUGAGCCUGCUGACCUGGUGCAUCACCUCCUUUGCAACCAAGGCUGUGACCAGAAGACACAGGCUUGCAGAGUCCUCUGGGAGUGCUUCAAGACUUGCCUUCCAGCCCUGUGGAAGGCCCCACCACUGGAAUGAAGAAGAGCCUCUGGAGGGAGGAGAUGGGGAGACAUACGUCUGAGGACUCAAAGUGGCAGAAAUUGUACUGCAGGUGGGGCUUGUACUGAAUGAGCUUUUAGCUGCUCUUGCCACAAAAACAAAACAAUAGGUGUCUGACAAGAUGGAUGCGGUCAUUUGUUUCACUAUAGCAGCCUUUUAAGUAUCUCUGUGUUCCUUUAACACCGUGUUGUAUACCUUAA